AUGAUGGACCUGUUUGAGACCAACACUUAUUUUUUCAAUGAUUUGCGUUAUCUUGAGGGGGACCAUGGGACCUUGGAUAUGCCAGAAGUGUCCCCUUUGUACGAGGGGAAUGACAGUCCUCUAUCCCCAGGUCAGGAUCCCGUCCCGUCAGAAACGGGGUGCGAGAGCAGCGGAGAGGAGCACGUCCUCGCUCCACCAGGGCUCCAGGCGCACUGCGAGGGCCAGUGCCUCAUGUGGGCUUGCAAGAUCUGUAAACGAAAAUCUGCUCCGACUGACCGGCGAAAGGCCGCCACUUUGAGAGAACGAAGGCGGCUCAAGAAGAUCAACGAAGCUUUUGACGCGCUAAAGAAAAAGACGGUGCCUAAUCCGAACCAGAGGCUGCCCAAAGUGGAGAUUUUACGCAGUGCGAUAACCUACAUUGAGAAACUGCAGGACCUCUUGCAUUCGCUGGAUGAGCAAGAGCAGAGCAAUGACACUGACCCUUACACAUACAACCUGAAGGAAAACCAUGUGACUGCCAGUGAGUAUCAUUGGAAAAAGACCUGCCAGAGCUGGCAGGAGAAUCCAGAUCAUUCCAGCUCCCAGAUGGCAGGUCAUAGAGAAGGAGCUGUGUUGGAGUCUUCAGAGUCCAGCAGUCUCCGUCGCCUCUCCUCCAUUGUGGACAGCAUUUCCACUGAAGAGCCCAAAGCUCGCUGUCCCAGCCAGAUCUCAGAGAAGUGAAGCUCAAACAUCACCCACCUCACAUUUCCCAAUAUUUUUAUUUAUUUCCAUGAGCUAGUGUCGAUGUUUUAAAUGUAAUAGGUGACACUUUGCAAUAACUUUUUAUAAGUUGUUAACAAACAUGCCUAUAUAAUGCAUAACAGAUCAGUCUGACGAUUCAAUUCAAUUAAUUUCUUACUGCAUUAGCUAAUGGUAACUAUCUGAUACACUAUAUAUUAAUCUUUGUUCAUUUAAAUGUUAAAAAUACAACUGUUCAAUGUUAGUUCAACUUAACAAUUGAAGUGAAUUAACCUUACCCUGUUACACAAAUGAAUAUUUAUACAAAUAUGUGAAAAAAUAUUUUCAAUUAGUAAAUUAAGGUUCCAAAAGGA